ACCAGUAUCGCCUGCGGACGCUUCUUUUUUGCUGAACCCUCCCACGUCUGGCAUCCAACAACUUGUUUAUGGGUGCGACAGCACGGCCAUUUCAAAGAGAUCAGAAGGACCGGUGGCCCUCAACCUCUCCUCCUCAGUUCCUCCUCUACCAGAAACCAACCUUUAAGAAGAUGUCUGACGCUCUUUGUAUUGUGGGUUCGUUGUUUGGCUCGGCAGAAGGCCAGCAAGAAUGUGGUUCCUGUUACGUAAUAAAUAUGGGAUCAGUAAUAGGCAUUAUUGCCUCUGACAUUAUCUUGACCAUCCUCAUCACUAUUUCUGUGUUCUGCUUUGCAACUUACCACAAGAGACGGAGGGACUGGGGCUCUCAUGAUGGUAAAAGAAAUGUGCAACCAUCAAUAUCAAAGAAAAUGGCAACAGAGGUCACGGAAUCUCCCUACCAGGAGUUACAUGGAGUCCAGUCGGAUGUGUACAGUGAGCUUCGGCACUUUAGGAAAUGAAACAAUGUAACAAGAAAAAUACCAAUAUUUUCUCAAGAUAUAACUGUAAUGCUACACACACUUCACAUUUUGUCUUUACAAUUAUGCUAUAGAUAUAUAUGUAUAUGUUUUUGCAUGAAAAUUAUUAUAUUCUAAGUAAGUACUGUAUUGUGCAGUUUGUUCUUGUUAUUUUUGCAAAUCUUAAGCUUUAUAAAAUACUUUAUAUAUUUAUAUUUAACUACACUCUAAAGCAAAAGAAAUGAAAAGGAUGCAUUCUUUACAUUCAUACCAAAUAUUACACUGUAGCCUACUGUGUAUACGCAGUUUCCACAAAUAGGCCUAACACAAAGUUGUCA